AUGGAACAAGACGAUAAGAAGAAGGACAAAGCUACCAGGCACCGCAGCAUUCCUUCGCUGUCGGGUAAACACAUCAUCGCAGGCAAGUUUGGCGACGCCUUCAAGCGAUUCGAAGGGCACGGCCAGUCUCAGCAGCCCCCACCGGCGCGGACCCCGUCGCCUUUGCGCGAUGACCCAAGGAACGACCUUGCGCCCGUUAUCAGCUUCGAAGCCACCGACGGCCGAAGCGACGACGCCGACCUCCUGGACAUGCGGGAAGAGAACAUGACGCCCGAGAUGCGUCGCGAGGCCGAACGCCUGCGCCUCGAGCAGGAGGAGCGGCGAGUGGAGGCGGCGGCGGCCGAGUAUCGGCAGCGCGUGACCAACAAGGAGGCCCCCGCGCCGCUUCCAAAGUCGAUUGGCGGGUACUCCCGCGCCGUGAGCAUCCAAAACAGGGUGCAAAGCCUUUUGAAAGAGGAGCAAAAGUCGACCACCAACGUCCAGAAGACGGCUCAAGGCUACGGACACUACGCAGAUACGGCGGCGGCCCAGAGCCGGUUAGACAAGCAACUACCCGAACUGCCGAGAAAACCGGUAGGCUCAUCGACCGGCGGACAGACGCCUCCUCCGUCAAACAACCCCGCAGCCGUGCCAAUACGCGCGAGGCCGGCCGUUGGGCCCAAGCCCGUGGCGCCCCGCAAGCCCGUACACCUGAACAACAUUCCCACUGGGGUCGGUCGGCGUCGCCCCCAAGUCUGCCAUCUAUCACCAGUCGCAGCAGCCGGCAGCUCCCCGAGAUUUCCGCAGGAUAUGACGCAGGCGCAGAAGGAGGACUACAUCAAUGACUUCUCGAAGAGGUUCCUAGCUUAG